UUAAUCAAAAUCCGACGUAUAAAGAAAUGAAUUAAAAUCCUCGAUUUGCUCGAACAAAAUUUUAUUCCUUUACCAUCAUUUGUAGUUUUCCCAGAUCCUUUUUCCCUCUGUUUUUUUUUUUUUUCCUUCUUCUUGCUUCACAUUGUUAAUUUAUUCUUCAGUGUUUGUCGCAUUGAUCCCUCUCCCAGAAGCUGAAGCUCUAACAAAUCUGGGUUUUUAUUUCGUUUUUCGUAAAUCGUGAGAUAUUGAUCUGAUAAGACUUACAGGUGAUUGUUGCUGUGUAAUUCGACAUUGAGUUAAGGAUCUUAGUUGUUUCGACAUGAAAUUCGAAAGAGCUGAUUGAUUAAUCCUUCUGGUUCAGGAUAUAAUUGUCCUGAAAAACGCAAACACUCAAAAAUUUUAGAAAGUGAUGUGAUUUUCUUAUUCACGUCUUUGUUCACAUAUGUUAAGCCGUCUCGGAUGGUUAUUUGGACUGAGCAAAAGAAGUAGGCAAGCAAAGACGCUUGAUGCGAGACCUUAUAUAGCCAGAGUUAAACCAGUACUUAUGGUUGACACGGUUCAAGAGAUUGCCAUUUAUAUCCACAGGUUUCAUAACCUUGAUCUUUUCCAGCAAGGAUGGUAUCAAAUAAAGAUCACCAUGAGAUGGGAGGAUGGUGAUAAUGUAACGCGUGGUAUUCCUUCUCGAGUUGUUCAGUAUGAAGCUUCUGAGUCCGGCUCUAAUGGAGUGUGGAGGAUAGAUGAUAAAGAUAAUAGUUUCUUAACACAGCCCUUCCGCAUCAAGUAUGCAAGGCAGGAUAUUCGUCUGUGUAUGAUGAUCUCAUUUACUUUGCCACUCCAAAGAUAUGAGGGGUUAGCUACAUCUGCUGCUAUAUUAAAAUUUGAGCUCAUGUAUGCCCCCUCUAUGGAUAGUUCAUCAACGAGGCAUUUAGAGGCUUUGCCUGCUGCAAUUCACGAGUUCCGUAUUCCACCUAAAGCUCUUACAGGCUUGCAUUCAUACUGUCCAGUGCAUUUUGAUACACUUCAUGCGGUUCUUGUCGAUGUGAGUGUCCACAUCAGUGUAUUGAAAUCUGCUGCUUAUAGACGACCUGCAAGUCUAUCAAGUGAUUUAAGUAACAGUAAGAAUGUCAAUGGCGGGAGUGUUCAAUCUUUCAAGAAAGCACUUGGUCUGCUUGCUUCUGCAGACAAGAAAAUGGUGUCAUUUGUUAAAGCAUUACUUGGAGCUCGCGAUAUUUUACUCCAGGAAAUGCAAAGACUUAGCGAGGCAGUUGGUCAAUCAAUUGACUUGUCUGACUUUGUAUCAAAUAUGAACAAUGUUCCGUUAUCCAACUCAGCAGUUGCCGGUUCAGGACAAGGCAAGGAACAAAACAGUCUUGAGAAGUUGAAUAUCACAUUUGAUUUAGCAAGUGAUGACUGGCUUCAUGAACUCUCCAAGGAUCAUCUAUCUCGUCUAUUCCAUUUGCUGGGCACUCAGCUGCAUUAUCUUUGGAAUACGUUUCUGGGAUUUCACCGUGAUAAUAACACAAAAAUACUGGAAUAUCUUCGUGAUAUCUGGACUAAAGAUCGGAGAGCUGAAUGGUCAAUAUGGAUGGUGUACUCUAAAGUUGAAAUGCCCCAUCAUUUUAUAAAUAGUGGAAUGAGUGAUAUCAUAAACUACAGUGCACACAAAAAGGUCUCAAGUGUGUUGAAGUUGACUGAUCCUGCCCAACUUGCAGCUAACCGCGCCGAACUUCACCGUCGAAGUAUCGCGCAGAUGCGGAUUAACAACCGUUCAAUACAAGACAUGCAUAUACUUGGAGAUCCUAUGCGGGUACCUAUUAUUAUAAUUGAACGUGUCUUGAAUGCACCAAGACGCACUUUAAGUGAUAAUUCAUACUUGAGGCAUGUGGAUAUGCUCGAUUCUAGCUUGCUUAAUGAGCAAAAUGAUGAAACGGAAAAAACAAAAGCUACCAACUCCCAGCAAAGUGCCCGUGAACUAAAGAUCGUUGUUUUUGUUCAUGGUUUCCAGGGGCAUCACUUGGACUUAAGGCUUGUCCGGAAUCAGUGGCUUAUGAUAGAUCCGAAGAUAGAGUUUCUCAUGUCCGAGGCAAAUGAAGACAAAACUCAUGGUGAUUUCAGGGAAAUGGGACAAAGGCUCGCACAAGAAGUUGUUUCUUUUCUCAAGAGGAAAAAGGAUAGAUAUGCGAGACACGGGCAUUUGAAAAGCAUCAAGUUGAGUUUUGUUGGACAUUCCAUUGGUAACGUCAUCAUCAGAACAGCAAUUGCAGAUAGUUUAAUGGAACCAUACAGGAAGUUUCUACACACAUAUCUAUCUCUCUCGGGUCCUCACUUGGGUUAUCUGUACAGCACAAACUCCUUGUUUAAUUCCGGGCUUUGGCUCCUGAAGAAGUUAAAGAGUACACAGGUUAUUCAUCAGCUUACACUCACAGAUGAUCCUGAUCUCCGGCAUACUUUCUUUUACAAACUCUGCAAGCAAAAGACAUUGGAAAAUUUCAAAAAUAUAAUUCUGCUGUCCUCGCCUCAGGAUGGUUAUGUUCCAUAUCACUCAGCAAGAAUCGAAUCAUGCCAACCAGCUUCUUUCGAUAGCACAAAAAGGGGAAUCGCAUUCUUGGAAAUGCUGAAUAACUGUAUGGACCAAAUACGUGGACCGGCUCCAGAAGCGCCGCAUCAGCAGAGAGUGUUCAUGCGCUGCGACGUCAACUUCGACACGACCGUUUAUGGACGUAACCUGAACUCAUUCAUCGGGCGUGCUGCUCACAUUGAGUUCUUGGAAUCUGAUAUCUUUGCAAGAUUCAUAAUGUGGUCAUUCCAAGAUUUGUUCCGCUGAAUUUUUUCCAUAAAAGUGAAUAUGGAAUUUUGUAGCAAGAUGGUGAAAUUUUGGGAUUGCGUGGAAGAUAUAAACUGUUGUAUAUUAGCUUUUAUUAGAUUAGUUUGGUUCUACAAUUGUUUAAUGUAACUAGAAAUAUAAUCUUUGUUUUAGAUUUUAGUAAAAAUGUUUCUUUCUAUGUUAUACGGCCUAGACAUUUUU